GUUCCCAGCAGUGAUAGGUGUGUCUACACCUGUUUGGAGGAAGAAACAACAGACAGGAGUGUAACUCAACACUGUAACAGCCUCAGGAAACACGGGCUGGUAGUUGCAAAAGAAAGAUACACUGGAUUCAGCAUUCAAUGGAAUACAUUAUUAUCUCUGCAUGCUAGCGCCACACCACAUCAGCUAGGUUACAUGCAUGUACGUGUACACAUAUGCAAAGACAGACGUUGAGUUUUGACCUAAUGUCAGAGCCUCCUAAAUGCUGCAUCUGUCUGGAUGAGUUCAGCAACCCUGCUUCCCUCCCCUGUGGACACAGCUUCUGCCUGGGUUGUAUAGGAGAAUACUGGAGGAUCCAUGGGGCCUGUCGGUGCCCCCUCUGCAAGGCCUUCUUCCUCACCAGGCCACAGCUCAAAACAGACAAAACAACACAGACUGAGGAUGCAACUGGGCCUUUAAAAGCCGGGGAAGUUCCCUGUGAUUUCUGCCCAGCGAAGUGUCGUGGAGCAGUCAAGUCCUGCCUGGUGUGCCUGGCCUCCUACUGUGACACUCAUCUGGAGCCGCAUUACCAGAGUGAAGAUCUUGGGCGCCAUCUUCUGAUCAACGUGGUGAAGAACCUGGAGGACUCUGUGUGUAGGGUGCAUGGGAAGCAACUAGACAGGUUCUGCAGGAGUGACCGAACAUGCAUUUGUAGUAUGUGUGCCCAGACAGAACAUAGAGGCCAUCACAUUAUUCCUAUUGACAAAGAAGCUACAAAAAAGAAGGUUAAACUAAAAUGGAGAAGGCUAAAACUUCAGCAAGCAAUUCAAGAGAGACUGAGUAAGGUUGAGAAAAUCAAGAUCUCUGUAGACCGCAGUGGAGAAAAUCCAAAAGAGGCAUGGGCACAAAAUAAAGAGCUCAUCAAACAGCUGGAAGAAGAAAUCUCCGAGCUGCAGAGGAAAAACGCUGAGCUGGAGCAGCUCUCACAGACUGAAGACAACCUCCACUUCCUACAGAGAUUUCUACACACUACUAUGUCGUAAAAACUGGACGGACGUUGACGAUUCACCUUCGAGAGCGAUGGAACAAAGAUUAUUUGCCUUUUUUUCU